AUGUCGGGCUCGCCGCCCGCCUCCGAAAUCCACGAAAAAUUCACUCCAACGCUUGAUGCGCAUCCGGGGUCUCAUGACUACACCUCAAGAGUAGCGCCGGCAUCAGGCGACGGCUCCAGACGAGAUCAAAAGGAAUUUGUCGACGAAAAAGAUGCAGCACACGCGUCGCCAUUAUCUGGGACAACCGUCGUAGACCCGGAAGAUAUUCAAAGAACUGUGGAGGGCGGAGAUGUUGCAAGCGCUGAAGAAGACGAUGGACGACCUACCUUGCAAGGGCGGCGGCUUUACAUGCUCAUUGGUGGAAUCGUGUUCUGCUCGAUGAUCAUCGCACUCGACCAGACUAUCGUCGCGCCGGCUCUGCCCAUCCUCAGCUCGCACUUUGACGCGCUCGCCCAGCUGCCCUGGGUUGUCAAUGCUUUUUUCCUCGCGCAAGCGACCAGCACCCUCACCUUUGGACAACUUUACACGAUAUCUCCACCAAAGCUGACGUUCCUCUCCACCAUCCUCAUCUUCGAGAUUGGCUCCGCCCUCUCGGCUGCCGCUCCCACUUUUGCCCUCCUCGUUUUUGGUCGUGCGAUUAGUGGGUUUGGUGCUGGUGGCUUUGUCGUGGGCAUGCAUACCAUUGUUGGCCAGGUCGUUCGCCUAGAGGAUCGAAGCUUGCAUUAUGCGAGUCUUGGUGCUGUAUUCACUAGCGCUAGCUUGUGCGGGCCUGCCUUGGGCGGCGCUUUUACAGAUCGUCUGACAUGGCGCUGGUGUUUCUGGAUCAACCUCCCUAUUGGUGCAAUUGGUGCCACAGCUGUAUACUUUGCUCUCCCGUCGUACCCUGUCCGACUCCCACUCAGUCUCCGACUAGAAGGGACACCUCAGCAGUCAAAUUGGCAAAGUUGGCUUAGUCGUCUACGCGCGGUUGACUGGAUAGGAAACGUUCUGAGUCUUGGUAUGACUACCUGUCUCACCUUGGCACUUCAGUGGGGCGGAGAUGUAUUCCGAUGGAAUAGUCCAACGAUGCUUGCAUUGCUCAUACUCUCUCCUACUCUCCUCGUCAUCUUCCUCGGAUGGGAGCUGUAUCUGUCCAAACACUAUAAUUCGGUCACGCCCUCGGCCCAACGGCGCUCGCACCCGAUGGUACCUCUCCACCUCUUGACGAACCGAACGGUCUGGGGCUCGGCACUCGCCGGGUUCUUCCAAAAUGUUCUCUUCGGGGUCACUCUCACGUAUCUUCCAUUACUCUAUCAAGUCUACGGCUACUCGCCAUUAAAAUCUGGCGUGGCGAUUUUGCCAUUUAUGAUUUCGAGCGUCGUUGCGCUUUCGAUUGCAGGCAUCCUGGUCAAACGUAUUGGAUAUUAUAAGAUUUUUGUCGUCUUGGGGCCAUGGCUCGCUGCAACGGGUGCUGGACCGUUGAUCAAGCAAAGACUAUUGGAUACACGUUGGUUACUCGGAUGGCAGAUUCUCAUGGGCACCGGCUUUGGCAUGGCGUUUCAAAAUACGAUAAUGGGCGUCCAAGCCGAGUUUACAAAUGAUCCUCAACUCAUCCCGCAAGCUACAUCUAUCGUCGGAUAUUUCCAACGGACUGGGCCAAUGAUCGGCGUUUCGAUUGCAGGCACCAUUUUCAUCAAUACGCUCACCUCUCGCUUACGGACACUCGCGGCGCAAGGCGUGCUCCCUGCCGCUUCUAUUGAUCGCAUUCGACAAUCCGUUACGGCAUUGUUCGAUACGACUCUUCUCGCGUCUGACGAAGUGCGACAGCAAGUCAAGGAUGCGUAUAUUGGGGCGGUGAGGACUUCGUUUGUCGUAGUCUUGCCCGCGUGUAUCGUCGCGGGAUUCGUUGCGUUUGGGAUUCGAAACCAUAAUGUUCGUACCAGGGGCCGGCGAUGA